AUGGCUGAGAUCGUGGUUGGUAGUGGUCGGGACAGUUUUGCAUGUGAUGUAGUCAGACUUCGGCUUUGUUUUUCUCUUGUCUUGCCAUUUCACCGUUUUUUUCCAUUGAUCGUACGACACACAUAUCGCAUGUUGUCUAGCGGCCGUUGUCUUCUUAAAACGGCCAGGCCUCGUUUCAGACACGUUCACCUUUCUUCCUCCACCAUGGUCCAUGAAGCAGUCAUCGUUGCAGCCUCCCGCACCCCUACCGGCUCCCUAAACGGCACCCUCAAGUCGUUUACCGCCCCCCAGCUUGGGACUGCUGCUCUGAAACACGCACUCGCUUCAAAGCAAAUCGAUCCGAGCAUCGUUGAGGAGCUCUACUUUGGCAAUGUUGUCCAGGCUGGUGUUGGCCAGUCUCCUGCUCGCCAGGUCGCUCUCAGCGCCGGUUUGAGCACUGCUUCCGAUGCUACCACCGUCAACAAAGUUUGCGCCAGUGGUAUGAAAUCGAUUAUCCUCGCUGCCCAAAGCAUCCAACUCGGUGACCGCUCGGUCGUUGCUGCCGGAGGUAUGGAGAGCAUGAGUAAUGCCCCCUUCCUUAUUCCCCGAACUAACCCUGGCUUUGGGAAAUUCACUGCCAUCGACUCCCUCGAGAAUGACGGUCUGUGGGAUGUCUACAACAACCAGGCGAUGGGCAACUGUGGGGAAUCUGCUGCCGUUAAACUCAACAUUUCUCGUGAAGCCCAAGACGCUCAUGCUGUUGAAUCUUACAAACGCGCGGAACGGGCAUGGGCAUCGGGUGCUUUCGAGGCUGAAAUUGUUCCGCUGACGGUCAAGGGAAAGAAGGGUGACACCAUUGUCAAAGAGGAUGAAGAGUACAAGCGUGUCAUCUACGAGAAGGUCCCCAGUCUGAGGUCAGCAUUCAAGCAGGGUGGAAGCAUCACUGCCGCCAACUCUUCGCCUUUGAGUGAUGGUGCCUCGGCGCUCAUUCUCAUGUCGGCAGAGAAGGCAAAGGAACUCGGCUUGAAGCCUUUGGCCAAGAUUGUCUCCUACGCCGAUGCCGGUGUUGAACCCAUCGAUUUCCCCAUCGCACCCACCGUCGCUAUCCCCCAAGCUCUCAAGAAAGCCAACCUCUCCGUGAACGAUAUCUCCCUCUUCGAGAUCAACGAGGCUUUCUCUGUUGUGGUCCGAAUUGCCGAACAAGUUCUCACUAUCGAUCCCGCCAAAAUCAACGUCAAUGGUGGAGCUGUUGCCCUUGGCCAUGCGAUAGGGAGCUCAGGAGCGCGGAUAGUCGUUUCCUUAGUUCACGCCCUCAAGUCGGGUGAGUAUGGCGCUGCUGGUGUUUGCAAUGGUGUAAGGCGGCGCAGCCUCUGCUCUCAUUAUUCAAAAACUGUAGUCGAUAAUAAAAGAAUCCAAAACAUGAGAAGAUCACGCCCGAAAAAGUUUUCUCGUAUAACAGCGCGCCACCCGUCUGUCAUUCUCUCCGACCCCACCAAGAUGUCCGAGAAAGAGAGCAGCAAGGCCUCCAUCGAACGCGACCGCAGCGAGGACAAAUUUGACAGCGUGACGAUCGACUCCGCAGAUGGGGACGAAGCUUUGAGGCUGGUUGGCCUAGUCAAAACGGCCGAGUUUACGGAGGAGUACAACCUGAAGCUACGGAGGAAACUGGACAAAUUGAUUCCACCACUUUGCGCUGCCGUCUACUUCACGCAGUUCCUAGACAAGACAUCAUUGAACUACGCAAGGCUAGUUUUUACUCUCAUCGGGUGCAGUGAUGUCAACUCACAAAACGGCAAUCAGUAUUAUGGGCCUGCCGAUCACCGGCCAGCCGUUACUGAUCUUGACCAGAAUUACAACCUUGUCUCGGCGGCAUUCUAUUUUGGUUUCCUGGUUUUCGAGUUCCCGACCGUUUACAUCGCCCAGAAACUGCGAAUCGCCAAAUAUCUGGGCGUAAACAUAUGCAUAUGGGGGGCCGUUCUCAUGCUCCACGCGGUGGGCACCUCGUUUGGUGCUUUUUUCGCAUUGCGCUUUCUGCUUGGCAUGUGUGAAUGUUGCGUUGCGCCGAUUCUCAUCCUCAUCAUAUCGAUGUUCUACAAGAAGAAUGAACAAGCGUCUCGUAUCUCGUGGUUCUAUGUGAUGAACGGGCUCACUCAAAUAUUUGGUGGUUUUGUUGCAUAUGCACGACUCUCCAUCGCUGGCAUCUCCUUCUACGCUGGAAACCGACUAGCGCCAUACAAGAUCAUCUACAUUCUUCUUGGUGGACUUGCCAUCGUGGUCGGUAUUUGCGUCCUCAUCUGGCUGCCCGAUUCUCCGGUACACGCCAAAUUCCUCACGAAGGAGGAGCGCAUUGCUGCACUUGAGCGAGUCCGCGAUGACCAAGGCGGAACUGAGAACAAGAGGAUCAAGAAAGAUCAGGUGAUCGAGGCAGUCACUGACCUCAGAACGUGGCUCAUCGUGCUGUCCACCCUACUCACGAGUAUUCCCAACGGGGCUCUCAGCAACUACAGCAACAUCAUUAUUAAAAGCUUCGGAUACACGUCUAAACAGACUCUGAUUCUAUCCACACCUGCUGGCAUCGUUGCCGCCUUGAUGACGCUUUUCUGUGGGUGGUUCUCGGACAAGAAAGGAGAGCGUCAGCUGCCGAUUAUCAUUGCGCUUGUCCCCACCAUUGUGGGUUCAGCCAUCCUCAUUGGCCUCAAUCAUUCAGGGAUGAAAGGCGUCCUGCUGUUUGCUGUUUACCUUAUCGGCACAUUCGGCAGUGCGCUCUCCACAAUAUACGCCUAUAACGCAAGCAACACCAGUGGCCACACGAAGAAGAGCACUAUCAACGCCAUGACGCUCGUUAGUUUCGCCGUCGGAAACAUCAUUGGCACACAAAUAUUCCAGCCCAAGGACGCACCUGACUACAUCCCUGGCAAGAUUGCCAUAAUGUGCUUGCUGAUCAUCCAGCUUUUCGUGUCGUUCCUAUUGCGCUUCAUCAACCUGCGUCUGAAUCGCAAAAAGCGGGCCCAUUUAGAGCGAGUGAAGCAAGAGCGUGGCUGGACGGACUCGGACAUUCAGCGCGAGCGAGAGAAGCACGCCUUUUCGGACCUGACGGACAAACAGUGA